GGGGGCGAAAAGGGAGGAAAAUCACAGAUCCGACAACACUGAGACUGAACAACCAGCCAUGAACAAGUGGAUUGCACUGACCUUUUUUACUAUACUGGCUUGCCAUUGGGGCGAUGCUCUUGAAUGUUACACUUGUGGCUAUGGCGCUUGUUCUUUUCCUUCUAAAACCACCUGUGCAGGACUAGAAGUCUGUCUGACAGAGACAAUCCAGACAGGUGAAGCCUACUUGAAGAAGAAGUCUUGUUCAUCACCCACAAACUGUUUGGAAGGAUCUGAGACCACAUAUUUGGGCGUGAAGGUGACUACAACCCCUUCGUGUUGUUAUACUGACCUUUGCAACUCGGCGUCCAUCCCCUCAGCCUCCAUUCUAACCGUCAUUGCCAUCUUCAUGUCAUUGUGGGUGGCCCGACUUUGAGGGACUUUUUCAUAAGCUUUAAGAUGGCGACCAGAAGGCUACCACAUGGAAAGGUGUCCUUUUGCACACUCAUAUAAUCUGUGCUAUUUGCUAAUAUUUGUAAUACGCUUGUUACCUACUCCUGAGGCUGCUGUAAUCACAUGGCUCUUAGAUCCUCAUGGUCAAUGACCUGUGGAGCCUUACUUUUCUUGGGAAGCUGUUUGUUCAGCAGAUCCAAACCUUUACUCUGAUUCCCUAAGAUGAGGAGAGAAGGAACAAGAGCCUAAUUGAAUCAGCGCUGAGGCUGCUGUAAUCCCAUGGCUCAUGAUCAAUGAUCUGUGAAGUCUUUCCCUUUUUGAGCAGCUGGUUGCUCUGCAGAUCUCUCCUUCACUCUGAUUCCCUUAGGGGAGGAGAGAGAGAGAGAGAGAACAAGCCCUUGCCUAUGUGAAUCAGUGCAGAGGCUGCUGUAAUCACAGGGCUUUAUAUGUUCAUGUGACACACAGCUUGCCAUUUCCUUUUUGGGUAAAUUAUAUAAGUUAUUUCAUCUAUAGAUCUCUGUCAGUACCUCUCUCAACAUAUCAUUGGAAAGAGGAAGUAAAGGGCUGUGGUCUCCUCCUAGUGCCCCCUAGUGAAAUGAAUGGAAUGUGCAGCCUGAAUGAAGCUAAUGAACAGCAGAGGGUGCUCAAUUUUUAAUUCCAGAUUAGAAAUUUUACACACUGAGAUACAUAACCUACAUGAAUUUUAAGUGUAUUACCAGAGCUAUGCUUUAAAUACAUUUUAUACACAAAAUUGAUCCAUUGUGUUAUACGCAUUGCUGACCUAAGGGGGCAGUGCAGAGAACAUUGCAUCAUGAAUCCGUGUUGUGCACCUCUCCUCUGCUCCUGCACUAGGGAUAACAUCAUGAAUCCGUUUUCUCUGGAAUGUUCCUUUAAGAAUUGUUUUUUUUAUAAUUUUUUGCUUUUGAUAUGAUACCCUGUUAAAUAAAAUAAAAAAAACUAUUG